CCUCCCCGGCCCGCGUCUUGCCCGGGGCCGCGGCGAGGCCGCGCCGCCUCCCUCGGCCGCCUAUAUAGGGGCAGCGGCGGCGGGCUCGUUAACGUGGGUUGUGUGCUGUGGAGACAAGUAGCUCGACACCUGCCAGGAAACAAGAGACUUCACUCUGAAGUAACAGAUAAACAAGCGUGAAGCAUGAGGAUCAACUCUGCUAUGCAGGCAGCUAUUGAUCUCACAGCGGGAGCUGCAGGUGGGACAGCAUGCGUGGUGACUGGGCAGCCCUUCGACACCGCAAAGGUGAAGAUGCAGACGUUCCCUGAGCUGUACAGAGGAAUUGUUGACUGCUUUGUGAAAACCUAUAAGCAAGUGGGGUUUCGAGGCUUCUACAAGGGAACCAGCCCGGCGCUUUUAGCCAACAUCGCUGAGAACUCCGUCCUGUUCAUGUGCUAUGGGUUUUGCCAGCAAAUUGUGAGAAGAAUUGUUGGAGUAGACAGGAAAACAAAGCUCAGUGAUCUGCAGAAUGCUGCUGCAGGCUCCUUUGCCUCUGCCUUUGCCACCCUCGUCCUCUGCCCCACGGAGCUGGUGAAGUGCCGGCUGCAGGCCAUGCAUGAAAUGCAGUUGUCAGGGAAGAUACUCCAAGGACACAAUACAGUUUGGUCAGUGGUGAAGGGUGUUAUUCAAAAGGACGGUCCCCUUGGCUUUUACCGUGGCCUGUCGAGCACUUUGCUGCGGGAAGUCCCGGGAUAUUUCUUCUUCUUUGGAGGGUAUGAACUGAGCCGGACGUUCUUUGCCUCUGGGAGAUCCAAAGAUGAAUUAGGUCCCAUUCCCUUGCUACUAAGCGGAGGUUUUGGAGGCAGCUGUCUGUGGAUUGCUGUGUAUCCCGUGGACUGUGUCAAAUCUCGAAUUCAGGUUCUUUCAAUGGCUGGAAAACAAACAGGCUUCAUGGGAACGUUUGCAACUGUGGUGAAAACUGAAGGUGUCCUUGCCUUGUAUUCUGGACUAAAGCCAACGAUGAUCCGUGCAUUCCUGGCCAAUGGAGCACUGUUUCUUGCCUAUGAGUACAGCCGGAAGCUUAUGAUGAAACAAAUAGACUCUUACUGAGUCUUACUUGGAGGAGAAGGAUCACUUAAAUGAUCAAACACCUGGAGAUCACAUCAUGGCUUGAGCAGGGCCAGAUCAGUGAUCUAGUUUUAAGAACUCAUCUCCAGUUUAGGAUUUGUAACUUUUUUAAAUGCAGGUGAUGAUUUUAUAGAGAUGUGUACAUGCUGCUUGUAUUGGACCAGCAGAACUAUCUCCCAUCUUACAGACUCUGCACUAGGUACAUGGCAUGUCAUAAAUGUGUUUUCCUGGCCUGUAAUGGUGCUAAAAAGAUUUGUGUUGAUCUCUUGGGUUUAAUGUAACAUGCAGCAGCAGACUCUGAGUUGUUUAAGCCAAAGCACUGUUUUAAAAUGUGUGCUGUGGUGGUGAACUUCCCCCCUUGCUCCUGGUGAGUGUGUGACUCCAAGUAAUGGCAGUCCUGUCUCAUCUAGCUGUGUGUGCCUGCCAUCCAUAGCCCUCAGCCAGGGCCCUGCGCUUCUCCAGCUCCCUUCUGCUUGCUGACUUUCCACAGCCAAGGCCAGUGGUGUCUGACUCAUGUCCCUUGUCCCAGUGAAUGGGCUUAUAGAAGCCAGUGGUGUUCAUCCCCUGCCUUGUACCUGUCUGAUUUAGAGCCUGAGAUCUGCCUGCUUUUAAGAUAAAACUGUAGAGUUACUGGCUUUAAGGAGUCAAUGCAGCAUGUAAUUAUUUUUUAAAUCUUUUCAAAGAAGUGUUGGAGUAUCCUAAGCACCACUGAAUUAAACAAGGGACCUGCCUACUGGCUCUGAGCACAGGAUUGUAACUUUGUGCAGGCUCCUGUUGGGGGUCACCUUGACAGAAAUGAGUCCCUGUGCUUGAAAGGCAGGAAGCUGAAGAAGAGCAGAAAGCCAGACCUGAGACAACUGGCUGUGUGGUCUCCAUGGUGUGGCGUGUGCUUAUUGGGACUGGAGUCCUGCCAUGUGCUGUUCCCCUGCAGCUGAGUGGAAAAAGCUCAUGUGACUGGCUGUGUGGAUCCUCUUCAGGCUGGCAGGCAUGCCUGGGGGGUCAUGGUACUUGAUUAACCACAGUCAGUCAGUGUUUCCCAAAAUGUUGCAGUAAUGCCUCUCUCUAGCUGCCACUUGCACCCUGGCAGGGGAUUGUUCUUUCUGUGAGCAUGCUUGGCCCUGGGAGAAGCAGCCUAUCCUGGGAGAAGGCAAAGCAGGUCUCAGAGCAGCACAGUUCACGACCUAGGCCUGGAGUUGUACAGGGAUUGCUGGCUGUGGGCUGUGACAAUCCACCCUGGGAGAGGGCACAGAGCUUUGUGACCCAUCAGUGACAGAGCUACAGCAUCACCCCUUGUCACAGCAACCUGAUUUUGGCUGUGACUCUGAUCAGUCACUGACAGAAGAGCUCAACUUUGUAUAUCACAGCUUCCCUUUCAGUUCUGAGACCAGGUAAAAGCUUUAGGCACAGCUCAAUGCAUCUCAGUACCUACUGGCUCUUACAGCAGAGCCAGGGUGCACUUCAACUGACUACUUCACUGCAUGAGUACAGCAUCAUUGAAAGGUGGUUACUGCAGCUCCACCAAAUCUUGCUUCCCCCACCCUCAGGGGCAGCAAGAACUCUUUGUCCCUCUUUCAUGCAGCCAUGAGAAAAGGCAGUUAAAGCAGGGCAGGGCUGAAGAAUCUGCUGUGUCCAUUGCAGCUGCUUACCUUGACUGAGUGGUAACUGCGGUAAUAAUACUGUGCAUUGUCACUACUUUAAAAGGAAUUUAUACCAAAUGUUUAAACAAUUCAGACAAGAGGGUAAGGCUUUAAGACUUUAUUAGACUUCCCCUUCUUUUCAAAGUUGCCUAGCCAAAAGAAACGUACAUGUCUAUUUGUAUGUGUUUCUGAUAGGAAAAGGUGGGGACUGACUCUGGAGUACUUUGAUCUAUUUCUUAGAUUUGUCUUUGCUUUCAUUUUUUAAAGCUCAUGGUUGCAGAUUUUGAUACAGAAGUUGAAGCUUCAAAAGAAGCAGGAUCUUUAGGACUGAACCCACAGGAAGAAGCUAGUGGCUGAAACAAGACAAGCCUUGUGAGAGUUUACCUUUGGAGGUUGAUAGAAGUGGUAGUUUUUCCAUUCACAGCUGCUUGAGCUGGAGAUGCGUAUCAGUUGUUCAGCUACGAGCUGUGUAACAUUGGUAUAGGAAUUCCU